GCUCUGACGUCACGUCCGGCGGCGGUGGCGGCGGCGGCGUCGUCUCUGUACGGUCGGCCCGGCACUUAACGCCGGGGCAGUUGACGGACCAUGGACGGCUCCUUCGUCCAGCACAGUGUAAGGGUUCUGCAGGAGCUCAACAAGCAGCGGGAGCGGGGCCAGUACUGCGACGCCACCCUGGACGUGGGGGGUCUGGUGUUCAAGGCGCACUGGAGUGUCCUCGCCUGCUGCAGCCGCUUCUUCCAGAGCCUCUAUGGGGAUGGCUCAGGGGGCAGUGUCGUCCUCCCUGCCGGCUUCGCCGAGAUCUUUGGCCUCCUGCUGGACUUUUUCUACACUGGCCACCUCGCCCUCACCUCGGGGAACCGGGAUCAGGUGCUCCUGGCAGCCAGGGAGUUGCGGGUGCCAGAGGCUGUAGAGCUGUGCCAGAGCUUCAAGCCCAAAGCCUCAGUGGGACAGGCACCAAGUGGCCAGAGCGGGCUGGGGAAACCCGCCCCUCGGGAUGUGAACAGCCACCUCAAGGAGCCAGCAAGCUUGGAGGAAGAGGAAGUUUCGAGGACGCUGGGUCAAACCCCCAGGGAUCAGGAGCUCAGCGGUAGUCCCAGCCUCCAGAGGUCCCAGCUUGGUCUCCCUCCUCAGAGUGAGAACCCCUCCUUCCUCCGUGGGAAACUCAAGCAGGCUCUGAAGCUUAGUCCCCCUGAGAACAAGGAGCCUGAGGAUGGCAGAGUGCCCCCAAGGCCCUUUGAGGCUGAAGGUGUCCAGCUGCAGGGCGGGAGUAACGAGUGGGAAGUGGUGGUUCAAGUUGAGGAUGAUGGGGAUGGCGAUUAUGUUUCUGAGACUGAGACUGUGCCGACCAGGAGGAAAUCAAACGUAAUCAGAAAGCCCUGUGCUGCCGAGCCAGCCCUGAGUGCAGGUUCCCGGGCAGCCGAGCCUGCUGAGAACAGAAAAGGUACAGCGGUGCCGGUUGAAUGCCCCACAUGUCAUAAAAAGUUCCUCAGCAAAUAUUACCUAAAAGUUCACAACAGCAGGAAACACACUGGGGAGAAACCCUUUGAGUGUCCCAAAUGCGGGAAAUGUUACUUUCGGAAGGAGAACCUCCUGGAGCACGAAGCCCGGAACUGCAUGAACCGCUCGGAACAGGUCUUCACGUGCUCCGUGUGCCAGGAGACAUUCCGCCGGAGGAUGGAGCUGCGGGUGCACAUGGUGUCCCACACGGGGGAGAUGCCCUACAAGUGCGCCUCCUGCUCGCAGCAGUUCAUGCAGAAGAAGGACCUGCAGAGCCACAUGAUCAAGCUGCACGGAGCGCCCAAGCCCCACGCGUGUCCCACCUGUGCCAAGUGCUUCUUGUCCCGGACGGAACUGCAGCUGCAUGAGGCUUUCAAGCACCGUGGGGAGAAGCUCUUUGUGUGUGAGGAGUGCGGCCACCGGGCGUCGAGCCGAAACGGCCUGCAGAUGCACAUCAAGGCCAAGCACAGGAACGAGAGGCCGUACGUCUGUGAGUUCUGCAGCCACGCUUUCACCCAGAAGGCCAAUCUCAACAUGCACCUGCGCACGCACACAGGCGAGAAGCCCUUCCAGUGCCACCUCUGCGGCAAGACCUUCCGCACCCAAGCCAGCCUCGACAAGCACAACCGCACCCACACCGGCGAGAGGCCCUUCAGCUGUGAGUUCUGCGAGCAGCGCUUCACGGAGAAGGGGCCCCUGCUGAGGCACGUGGCCAGCCGCCACCAGGAGGGCCGGCCCCACUUCUGCCAGAUCUGCGGGAAGACCUUCAAAGGUGCCUUGGCCCUGCCCCGGGUGAGCCCCGGGUUGGGGAGAGAGGGCCACAGGGGCUGUCACAGGCUCCUCCACUGUGGAAGCUUCUGGCCCGCAGGCAGGGGCGGAGGCUCCCCAGGGCCUUGGGCAGUAGUGACCUCAGGGUGGCGCCGGAGAGCCUGGCAGGGCCCAGAACCACCGCCGCAGGCUGUGUCUCCUCUCCGGGCUGGAGCCCUGCUCCCGCCCCGACACUGGGCCCUUCCCUCCUGCAGCCGUGGAGCAGCUGCGCGUGCACGUGAGGAGGCACAAGGGGGUCAGGAAGUUCGAGUGCACCGAAUGCGGCUACAAGUUCACCCGGCAGGCCCACCUGCGGAGGCACAUGGAGAUCCACGACCGGGUGGAGAACUACAACCCACGGCAGCGCAAGCUCCGGAACCUGGUCAUCGAGGACGAGAAGAUGGUGGUGGUGGCGCUCCAGCCGCCCACCGAGCUGGAGGUGGGCUCGGCUGAGGUCAUCGUGGAGUCGCUGGCCCAGGGUGGCCUGGCCUCCCAGCUCCCUGGCCAGAGACUGUGUGCGGAGGAGACCUUCUCGGGCCCGGGCGUCAUGGAGCCCUCGCUCAUCAUCACGGCCGCCA